CCGGCUCCCGCUAACGGCGGGCGUGGGAGCCGCGCGGGGACGCGGCGGCAGCGGCAGCGGAGGGCAGCGUUGGAGAGAGAGAGGAGAGAGAGAGAAUUUUUUAAAGAUAUUUAUUCUUCAGUUUUUGGUGGACACAACAUCUUUAUUUUAUGUGAUGCUGAGGAUCGAACCCAGCGCCCCACGCAUGCCAGGCCCAGCCUCUCCCUACCCUUUGGCUGAAGCCGUGGUCCUGCCCAUGAAGACUUGCCCACCAUGUUUUAUGGGACGCACUUCAUCAUGUCUCCACCCGCCAAGAGCAAGCUGAAGCGACAGAGCCAGCUGCUGUCCAGUGUGCUAUCCCGGACACUGAGCUACAAGUACAGGGAAUUGGACUCUACCUUCUGCAGCCUGGGUGCCAGCGAUGACCCCGCAGAGCUUUCCACCCAGCUGUCAGCCCCUGGCGUCCUGAAGGUGUUUGGGGACAGUGUCUGCACUGGCACGCACUAUAAGAGUGUCCUGGCCACGGGCACCUCCAGUGCCCAGGAGCUGGUGAAGGAGGCCCUGGAGCGCUAUGCCCUGGACCCUGCGUGUGCCAGCCAGUACGUGCUGUGCGAUGUAGUGGGCCGGGCUGGGUCCCCUGGACGGCCGUGGCAGGCCCAGUGCUUCCGGGUGUUUGGGGAUAACGAGAAGCCCCUGUUGAUCCAGGAAUUAUGGAAACCCCGAGAAGGUUUAUCCCGGAGGUUUGAGCUGAGAAAGAGGUCAGACGUGGAAGAGCUGGCAGCCAAGGAUGUGGAUACCAUCACAGCAGGAAUAAAUGCCCAAGCCCGGAGGCUGCAGCGGGUCCGUGCCAAGGGCACCCCUGCCGUGGCCCCAGGGGCUGCCCGGAGCUCCCCUCCACCCCGGCUGCGCCGCACUGUCAGUGAGACCAGCUUGAACCUGGCCACCACCCUGUCUGGCGCUGCCCAGGGGCCUGAGGAGCCCAGCCAAGACACCAUGCGUGACUGCCUGUACCAGUCCCCACACCUGCUUCUCCUGCAGGGUUACAGCCAGCAGCAUGACAGCCUGGUGUAUGUGCUCAACCGCGAGCGGCACACGGUGGGCCAGCGCACGCCUUCCAGCAAACCCAGCAUCAGCCUGUCGGCCCCCGACAUCCUGCCCCUACACUGCACCCUUCGGCGGUACCAGCCCCCCGAGGGACAGGCGGCCCUGCUGCUGGAGCCCAUCCCUGGGGCGCCCAUCUCCGUCAACUUCAAGGAGGUGGGGUGGAGCACUGUGGCACUGCAGCAUGGGGACCUGCUCUCCCUGGGCCUCUACUACCUGCUGCUGUUCAAGGACCCAUCGCAGGCACGGACUCUGCCCACGGGAACCCUGGCGCGGCUCCGGGCUGCGCCACAGAACUGCAGGAUGUGUGGCAUGGCACUGGGAGCUGGGGACAAUGCUUCCUCCGUGCUGGCUGCUAUACCGCGACGGCGGCAGCUGCUCCUGGAGUUUGAGCCUGAGGAGGAGGAUGCACUGCUGCAGAGAGUCAUGACACUGAUUGAGCCCGGGGGUGAUGACUACAAGCUGACCCCUGCCUUCCUCCUAUGCCUCUGUGUCCAGCACUCGGCCACCCACUUUGAGCCUGGCACAUUUGGACAGCUCCUGCUCAAGAUAGCCAAGAGGAUCCGCGAGGCAGUGUGGGAGAAAACCAAAGAGCUAGCAGAGAAGCAGGCGCAACUCCAGGAGCCCAUCUCCUGGGCCAGCUUCACCAUGGCCGACCUGCUUCCGGACCUGCAGCACAUUCUCUUCUGGAUGGCUAACUCCAUCGAGCUCCUGUACUUCAUGCAGCAGAAAUGCCCACUGUAUGUGCAGAGCAUGGAGGAGGAGCUGGACAUCACAGGCUCCAAGGAGUCGCUCUUCUCCUGCACGCUGACAGCCAGCGAGGAGGCGAUGGCGGCGCUGGAGGAGGUGGUGCUGUACGCUUUCCAGCAGUGCGUCUACUACCUCUCCAAGUGCCUGUACGUCUGCCUCCCGGGCCUCCUGGAAUGCCCCCCUUUCCAGACGGAGCGCCGAGAGAGCUGGCGCUCAGCCCCUACGCUGCCCGAGGAGCUGCGGCGCGUAGUGAGUGUGUAUCAGGCCACCCUGGACCUCCUGCGGCAGCUCCAGGUGCACCCCGAGGUGGCCUCCCAGAUGUUCUCCUACCUCCUCUUCUUCUCUGGCACGCUGCUCCUCAACCAGCUCCUGGACAAGGGACCCUCCCUGAGUUGCUUCCACUGGCCCCGAGGUGUGCAGGCCUGCGCCCGCCUGCAGCAGCUCCUGGAGUGGUGUAGGAGCGCCGGCCUUGGGGCAGCUGCGGAGCGCUUCUUCCGGAAGCUCUCCUGCACCCUCCACCUGCUGGCCACUCCCAGCGCUCAGCUCAUCCAGAUGAGUUGGGCCACCCUCCGGACUACAUUCCCAGCCCUGAGCCCUGCGCAGUUGCACCGGCUGCUCACUCAGUACCAGCUGGCCUCAGCCAUGGGCCCCAUGAGUGCCUGGGAGCCAGGCGCCCAGGAUAGCCCCGACACCUUCCAGUCAGAGGAUGUCCUGGAGUCCUAUGACAACCCCCCGCCCAUCGUUCUGCCGAGUGAGGGCUUCCAGGUGGACCUAGAGGCCGAGUGCCCGCGCGACAGCGUCUACCAGCACCUCCUGUACGUCCGGCACUUCCUGUGGGGCCUGCGGGGCCCAGCCAGUCCUGGUGGUGGAGCAGCCCAGGCCACUGGGAUUGAGGGUGUAUACCAUACCAUCCCUGAGGAGCACCCUGAGGGCCAGGGCUGCCCCUUGGCUCCCAGGGAUCCAGGCAGAGGAGCCCUCGAAUCUACCCCUGUGCGCUCUCUUCCUGUUGCUGGGGCUUCCCGGACACAGGGCCCCCUGGCAAGGCAGCCCAGCAGAACGGGCCACAGGGGCUCUCCCGCUGGCCCCCUGAACACUGACUCCUCGUGCCUGCUCACGCCUCCCAGCAGCCCACUCGGCCUGGAGCCCAGAAGCCCUGGCUGGCCAGAACCAGGCGGCCUCUGUGGAAAAGCUCUCCCAGAAGGGCAGAGGAACGGGCUGGGCGGCCCCCCGGGUGCAGUUCUAGAAGGAGAUGCUGCGGCUGCCGCGGAUGAGCCCCCUGCGGCCUCCUCCAGCCGUAGCUCCAGCACUGAGGACUUCUGCUACGUGUUCAUGGUGGAGCUGGAGAGGGGCCCCUCAGGCCUGGGGAUGGGCCUGAUUGAUGGGAUGCACACACCCCUGGGCUCCCCAGGACUCUAUAUCCAGACCCUGCUCCCAGGCAGCCCCGCAGCCUCCGACGGGCGCCUGUCCCUGGGAGACCGCAUCCUGGAGGUGAAUGGCAGCAGCCUGAUGGGUGUCAGCUACCUGAGAGCCGUAGACCUGAUCCGACACGGGGGCAAGAAGAUGAGGUUUCUGGUGGCCAAGUCUGAUGUGGACACAGCCAAAAAGAUCCACUUCCGCUCGCCCCCUCCCUAGGCGGGGCUGGGGGGACCCCCUCCUGCUGCCCACCGGCUGCCAGGUGAUGGCGGGCGCCGCAGCUGUGGGUGUGUUUCUUAAACCCAUGUGUUGUCCCCAUGGUGGCCUCAUGUUGAGAACACCCUGUUCCUGUUGUACAUCUUAGUGUAUAUUUUAUUUAUAUGACAGAUGACACUAAGUUGUGAUGUUUCUUACAGAGCUUUUAUGUUUAAAGACCUUGAUGUUUCAGAAGUAGAUGCAAUAAACUAUCUUUCAUAUUCA